AUGCCUCCUAGACUGAAUAAAAGGCAGCAACGCGAGCUGGAAGAGCUCGAAGCGCUCGGCGGAGGUCUUUCCGGCGGACUCACACCCGUCGACACUGACUCGGAGGAGGACGCGCCACAAACUGCUAAGGCGCAGAGUGCAUUCGCAGCGCUGAUGGCAUCGAGCAACGCGGACGAAGAUGAGGAAGAGGACGAGGAGGACGCGCCGGAGCAGGCACGGUCGCGCAAGUCGAAAAAGUCUAAGAAGAAAAAGAAGAAGCCGACGGCAUCCACCGAUACGCCUGCAGUCGCCACACCAACCCCCGCGCCUUCUGCGCCUGUAGCCGCGAAGGAGAACGUCACUCCUGCCAAAGCUGCCCCGUCACCCGCGGUUGCGUCUACCAGCACUCCGGAUGUACAGUCUGGGACCGCUACACCCACGAUGUCGAAGCAGGAGCGCAAGGCGCUGAAGAAACAACGGGCGAAGGAGAGGCUCGAGAAGGACGACAUCGACCGUGCGCUCGAGGAGCUGGCCACCACCGAUCCGGCGAUGCGGGCCGCACACGAGCGCAAUCUGGCCUCGAAAGCCAAAGGCGCAACUUCCCCCGCCGCCCGCGAAUGGCACUCCCUUCUCACCCUCCAACCUGCCAACUUGGACCCCGACAGCGAAAUGCGCAAGUACUUCGGCACCAAAGUGGUCGCACAAGCCAAAGCCGAGUCUGCCUCAUCAUCCUCCGGUCCCACGCGUAAACCUCAACCACCAGAUCGCACGCAACUCACGCGACCCAGAGCGACGUGGUGGCCAGGACGUAUGAGGGAGGGGCUGAGUAUGAGCGAGUUGAGCGAUGAGGAGUGUGAGGGGAAGAGCGGGUGGAGUGAGGAUGGCGAGGAGAGGUGGUGGAGCGUUGAGUACAGCAAGAGGUAUAAGGGCAUCACGAGGACUUUCAUGAGUCUCGUGAAGAUCGGAGACGCGGACGGGCUUUUCAAUAUUCUGAGGCAGGUGCCCUGGCAUGCGGAUACGCUGUUGCAGCUCGCGGAUAUCUACAGCCAUCGAGAGGAACAUAGUACGGCCGUGGACUUCAUCGACCGUGCUAUCUUCACCUACGAACGCGCUUUCAUCGGCGGCUUCAACUUCUCGGGCUCAAAUAGGCUCGAUUUCUCACGCGUGGAGAAUAGGCCGUUCUUCCUCGCUUUACAUCGGCAGACAAUUGACCAGCAACGCCGCGGUGUCUUCCGCACGGCCUUCGAAUGGGCCCGUCUACUCUGGUCCUUAGACCCGUGGUCAGACCCACACGGCGCCCUCCUCCAUCUCGACUUCCUCGCCAUCAAAUCAGGAAUGCACAACUGGCUUCUGAACGUCAUACGCGUGCUCGACGGUCGCGGUCCCUUAUUCGACAUUCCCGGCUGGGCCUACGCCAAAGCUUUGGCGCUCAAGGCGAAUAAGGAUGACGAAGGAGCGAAGGAGGCGUUGGAGAGCGCUGUGAGGGAAUGGCCGAGCGUUGUACCGCUUUUGGCGGAUAAGUGCGAUAUUGCGCUGAGUGGGGAUGUUCGGGGGCAUCGGGCGUUCAGGAUAUUCACCAAAGACAUGUUCUCAGACGAGGACGAAACCCUCCUGCACCUCCUCUCGCACCUCUACGUCCAACGUUCCGCGCCACUCUGGAAAGACCCCACCACGCAAUCCUGGUUCGCAUCUAUCGUCGAGUCUGUCACUGCCUCCGGCAAGCUCCCCUCAACACCAACCGAUACAGCAUCACACGUCGUAGUCCUCGGCACACCAGCCCAAAGACUACUCAGCUACAUCCCCCAACACCUCCUCCGCGAGAACUUUACCUGCGACCCCUUACCGCCUCCGCACGCCGCAUCAAAGUACGACGACGCAUUCUUCGCGUCAGCCGAAGACCCCUUUUCGAUCCUCCCCACACCGCGCUCAACAGCAGCGCAAAACCGGUUACUGGAGCGUGUUAUACCGGAUGGAGAGAUGAGACGACAGAUCCAAGAGCUGUUCGACGCGCAUCCGGGGCUGCGAGGACAGUUCCCGGGCGGAGUGGUGCAGUUCGCGCAGAUCGUGGGGCAGUUGCCGGAGGAUCAGCUGGAGGGGCUGAUGGUGGAGGCUAUGGAGCUGCAGGGUCAGAGAGGAAUGGGCGGGGAGGAGGACGAAGAGCCCGUGCAUGAGCCUGGACGGAUGCCGGGUGGGAUGCCGGGCGAGGAGGGGCUGGUGUUUGUGCAGUUUGGUGGAGAGGAUGGAGGUGGUGAUGGGAGGGAGGCGGCGCGGGAUGAGAAUGUGAUCCGCGCGGCGCCUGUUCCGCCUGUUGAUCAUGGCGCUCAUACCGAAGCCGACGACGACGCGGAGGACGACGAAGAUGAAGAUGAAGAGGAGGAAGAGGAAGACGUCGCUCCCGCACCAGUACGCGCAAUUCGUCACUUCCUCGGUCGGUUCUGGGGCGGUGGGCGCGCCGAGCCUGAGAGCUCUGAGGACGAAGAUGCACCUGGACCGAGGGGAGAACCGAGGGAUGAUGAUGUUGAUUAG